AUGAGAAAUUUAAGUGGAGGCCACAUACAGGAGUUUGUCUUGGUGGGCUUCCCUACAUCACCAUCCCUCCAGCUGCUCCUGUUUAGCCUGUUCCUUGCAAUUUAUCUGUUGACAUUGCUUGAAAAUGCACUCAUCAUAUCCACAGUCUGGCUCACUCCCAGCCUACACCGCCCUAUGUACUUUUUCCUUGGCCAUCUCUCAUUCCUGGAGCUAUGGUACAUCAAUGUCACUGUUCCCCGGCUCCUGGGAGCCUUUCUUACACAGGAUCGUAGAGUCUCUUUUGCAGGUUGCAUGACCCAACUCUACUUCUUCAUUGCCUUGGCCUGCACAGAAUGUGUCCUGUUGGCAGUCAUGGCCUAUGACCGCUACCUGGCCAUCUGUGAACCCCUCCGUUAUCCCAGUCUCAUGCCUGCCAGUCUGGCCACUCGUCUUGCUGCUGCUUCAUGGGGUAGUGGCUUCUUCAGCUCCAUGAUGAAGCUUCUCUUCAUUUCCCGACUCUCCUACUGUGGACCCAACAUUAUCAACCACUUUUUCUGUGAUAUUUCCCCACUCCUCAACCUCACCUGCUCUGACAAGGAGCAAGCAGAGAUAGUAGACUUCCUUCUUGCCCUAGUGAUGAUUCUACUGCCUCUAUUGGCUGUAGUUUCAUCAUACGCUGCCAUCAUUGCAGCCAUCUUGAGGAUUCCUACUGCCCAGGGGCGCCAGAAAGCCUUCUCCACCUGUGCCUCUCAUCUGGCAGUGGUUGUCAUCUACUACUCCUCCACUCUUUUUACCUAUGCACGGCCCCGGGCCAUGUACACCUUCAACCACAACAAGAUCAUCUCUGUGCUCUAUACUGUCAUUGUACCCUUUUUAAACCCAUCCAUCUACUGUCUGAGGAACAAAGAGAUGAAGGAUGCCCUCAAGAAGACAGUGCUGGGCAGAUGUCACUAUUCUAGGGAUCUCCUGGACUGA